AUCUCAAAGCUGAUUGGCUGUGGAAGUGAGUCGGUUUGUUUGUGUGUCGCGGGGCAGCUUGAGUGGAGCUCGACGGAAUAAUCAUGCGUUAGUUAUUAUAUUCUCAUAUGUAAGUCAUCCGAAAGGCGUUUUGAUAUGGAGGCGGAGGCUGGCGCGCGCGUCCGAAAUGAAGCGGUUCUUCAGAACCAGGAUCUGAGUUUUCUGCUGCCUUCUGUUACAGCGUUCCUGUCAGACUAUGGCUGGUAUGUGGUGUUCAUGUGUGUGGGAGUGUAUCUGCUCAUCCAGCAUCUCCACAAGAACAGAUCCACAGACAGUCAGAGCUCGUCUGUCUCAGCGGCCAGCCAAGACCCGGAAUCUGUGGUGAGGUCUCAGGCGGCUCUGGAGGCGUCCCGCAGGAGAAUGCAAGAGGAGCAGGACGCCCGAGCGGCAGAAUUCAGAGAGAGGCAGCAGCGGCUCGAGGAGGAAAAGAGGAGACAGAAAAUCGAGAUGUGGGAAAGCAUGAAGGAGGGAAAGAGUUACAGGGGAAAUGCAAAAGUUGCACAACAGAACACGGAAGAGGCCACUUCCUCCAGCUCGCUGAGACCAAAGACAGACAAAAAGCCCCUUCGCAACAGUGGAUACAGUCCUCUGUCUGGAGACGGAGGAGGAACGUGCUCCUGGAGACCCGGCAGGAGAGGCCCGUCCGCCGGUGGAUGAGGUUAAAGGACGGUCAGACUGACCUCUGACCCCCAUAGGAACACAGAAAUAUUAUCUGAAUGAAGCUGUCAGCACUCAUCACAGGACAAUAGCAGUUAUGGUUAUAAUACAUAAGGGUCUUAAUGCAAACUUUCAUUUUUUGCAUUGUCUUUUUACACACUCUCAUGUCAUCGCAAUCCUGCAUGCUGUUAUUUGUUUUCAAUGCAGUAGUACUAUUAUAUGAAUUAGAAGACUUCUGAAUAUCGUAUAUUGCACAGGUUGAUUGGACAGGUUUCUAGGCCUUUUAAUUUUUUGGUGCAUUUGCGGUUAGAAUGACAUGAGGGUGAGUCAAGAAGAACAAAACUUGUAUUUUCGACUGUUCUUUUAACUUGUGUGAAGAUUUUUUCUAACUUUCAUGCACAUUAAGAAACUGUUUUCUGUUUUUAUGAUUGACAGCUUCUAAUGACGCCUCCUCAUCAAAGGUAUUGAUACUCCUGGGGCAGGCUGAUGAUUUUCAGUAAUAAUCGUGUGUCUGUUUUUAGCUUUUUGCACUUAUGAAGGCUGUGCUAAAUAAUCACCUAGAGAGAGUAAAUACAAAUGCAAAGUGCUAUGUUUAUAUCAUCAGAUGUGUUUGUAUUCUGUUGUAAAUGUAGGGAUGCAUCUGUGCAGUGGUUAGUGAUGGAUAACAGCAGCCUACUGUAAGUGGUGUGAGGUCUCUGCUGUUUUCUAAAGCAUUUCUUUAGGAAUGAUGUGCCAAAGUCAUUGUAUUUUUCUCGCUUUAUAGUUCCUCAGAAUUAAAUUGCGUACAAUGCA